AUGCGUGAGAUCGUGCACGUCCAGGCCGGCCAGUGCGGCAACCAGAUUGGCUCCAAGUUUUGGGAGGUGAUCUCCGACGAGCAUGGCGUGCAGAUGGACGGUCACUUCGAAGGGGAGUCCGAUUUGCAGCGGGAGCGCAUCGACGUCUACUACGACGAGGCCCAGGAUGCGAAAUAUGUGCCGAGAGCGGUCCUCGUCGACCUCGAGCCGGGCACGAUGGACUCGAUCAAAGCCUCGCAGAUUGGAGACCUUUUCCGCCCUGAUAACUACAUAUUCGGACAAUCCGGAGCGGGAAAUAAUUGGGCCAAAGGUCACUACACCGAAGGGGCCGAGCUCGUCGAUCAGGUUCUCGACGUCAUCCGCAAAGAAGCGGAGGGUUGUGAUUGCCUCCAGGGCUUCCAACUGACACACUCACUCGGUGGUGGAACCGGAUCCGGAAUGGGAACGCUUCUCAUCUCCAAAAUCCGAGAAGAGUACCCGGACCGCAUCAUGAACACCUUUUCGGUUGUUCCAUCCCCAAAAGUGUCCGACACUGUGGUGGAGCCCUACAACGCGACGCUCUCUGUGCAUCAAUUGGUGGAAAACACCGACGAGACGUUCUGUAUCGACAACGAGGCCCUGUACGACAUUUGCUUCCGCACGCUAAAGCUGGCCACUCCAACUUACGGAGACCUAAAUCAUCUGGUCUCGGCUACGAUGAGCGGCGUGACGACUUGUCUGCGGUUCCCUGGCCAGCUAAACGCUGAUCUACGCAAGCUGGCCGUGAAUAUGGUUCCCUUCCCCCGGCUUCACUUCUUCAUGCCCGGAUUUGCGCCGUUGACGGCUCGUGGAAGUGCGGUAUAUCGAGCGAUGACAGUCCAAGACCUCACCCAGCAAAUGUUUGACGCGAAAAACAUGAUGGCGGCAUGUGACCCGCGACACGGCAGAUAUUUGACGGCUGCCGUUAUCUUCCGCGGAAUCAUGAGCAUGAAGGAAGUCGACGAACAAAUGCAGAACGUGCAGAACAAGAAUUCGUCGUAUUUUGUGGAUUGGAUCCCGAAUAACGUCAAGACCGCGGUUUGCGACAUCCCACCACGAGGCCUAAAAAUGGCCGGAACCUUCAUCGGCAACUCCACAGCAAUUCAGGAAUUGUUCAAGCGCGUCGGCGAGCAGUUCACAGCGAUGUUCCGCCGCAAGGCCUUCCUCCACUGGUACACCGGCGAGGGGAUGGACGAGAUGGAGUUCACCGAGGCCGAGUCGAACAUGAAUGAUUUGAUCUCGGAGUAUCAGCAGUAUCAGGAAGCCACCGCCGACGAGGACAUUGGCGACGGCUUCGAGACGGAA